UAAGGUGCACUGUAUAUGAACAAAAGUAGUAAAUUAUGAUGGUAUUUCCUAAUAAAGAAACGCCAAAAAAUGAAGAUUGUGGGAGUAUGCAAGACGCAGCUUUAAUCGUGUCUAAAAAACUUCAACUCGAUCGUGAAAGCAUUGAUUUGACGUCACAACUUAACGUUACAUCAAUAUAUUCAAGUGUAAGCAGUGGUUUAAAUGACGAUGACUACCCAGUAGUCGAACAACUUCCCAUCCCUCUUAUAACAGAUGUGAGGAAGGUCCCAUUGCCUCCAGAACUUGUGGAACAGUUUGGACACAUGCAAUGUAACUGCAUCAUGGGAAUAUUUCCCUCAAUACGUCGUGCAUGGUUAACUGUGGAUUCCGAUAUUUUUGUCUGGAGAUAUUUGGAUGGUGAUGACUUGGCUUACUUUGAUGGAUUAUCUGAAACAAUACUUAGUAUUGCUUUGGUACAACCUAAACAGGGAAUAUUCAAAGAUCACAUCAAGUAUCUGCUUGUACUCGCCACACCCCUUGAUAUUGUAAUGUUGGGUGUUAGUUUUGCUGAUGGGGACAUAAACAGUGAGAUGCGGCUUCUUCCCGAUGCUCUCUUCUCUCUUCCAUCCGAUGGUAGUUACAUCACCAACAUCGUUGGAAGCCACAACGGUCGCAUCUUCAUGGGAGGGAGGGAUGGUUUCCUCUAUGAGAUUGCUUACCAGGCAAGUGGGGGUUGGUUCAGCAGGAAAUGUAACAAAAUAAAUCACUCGCGAAGUCGUUUGUCUUUUCUGGUCCCUUCUUUGUUGAACGUGUGGCUAUCAGAGGAAGACUCUAUAUCUCAAUUGGUGGUGGAUGAUACAAGAAAUAUACUUUACACACGGUCUGAGAAAGGAACCAUCACAGUUUAUGAUCUUGGUCAAGAUGGUUGGGGGAUGAGUUGCGUUGCGCAAUCUUCCCUUGAUUCAAUUCGGAGGCGGGCUGUUGCCAUCGCAAGUGGAAUCGAACCUUCAAACUUAAAUGAGUUGGUUCACAUAGCAGCUGUCACUUUACAAGAAUCUCGACAAAUAAACUUGGUGGCUGUGACCCAAGCAGGUGUUCGUCUUUACUUUAUCACCUGCCAACCCCCCACCCUACCACCCCAACCUACAACACCAUCGACAACAAGUCCGAAACAAAAUCUUAACAUAAACAAGUUUAUAACUCGUCCAAGUGGAUUGUACCUUGUGCACGUCCGCCUCCCUCCUGGCUUCACUGGUUCAUCCGUGCAACGUCCCACAACCGUGCACUCCGCGCAUUAUAACGCUGGAACUUUACUUCUAUCCUCAACAACUGGUGAUGAUGGGGUCUUGUGGUGUAUCAACAAUGAUAUGUUCGCAUUCGAUGCAAUGUUAAGAGAAACCAAGAUCAAUUUUCGUCUCGACGGUCGUUCUUGGGCGAUUGCUGAAGUAGCAAACCCCCCUUCCCCAUUAUCCCUUGCUGCUCUUCCAUCUGAUGCUCCUCCUCUUCCUCCACCUGAUCCUCCCAUCCAGGUCCUCCAGCACAUCCAGACUCCUGCAGAGUAUGUCAUCAUCACUGCUCAGGGUUGCCAUGUUUUCCACAAACUACGACCAGUCGACCAACUUCGAAACCUUCUUAAUCAUUUCGACCCAGAUUCCAACACAAUUCACAAAUUCUUCCAAAUUUACAACCAAGGAGAAGCUGCUUGUUGCUGCAUCAUCCUCUCGUCUUCCUUUGUUCCUUCCGAUCGAGUUAUCAUUGACAAAGCUGUGGCUGCUCUUAUGCAUCAUGGGGGCGUGGCACUCCCGAAAGUAUCGACCAAUCAGCUUCCGUCGUCACUCGCCCAUCACACGAUGGAACCAAUGUCCCCGAUAUCAGGAACGCAUCGACAAUCUACGCUAAUGAGGACACCUGGUGGCCUACCAGUGAUCAGCACUCCGAUGCCCGGAUCCCAUCCUCCUCCUCUAUCAAGAGAUGCAAGAUCACCACAACAACAUCCUCAAUCUCCAGUGCAACAACCAGCAGUAGACCCCAAUCAAGUAACAUUCUACUCAGAAAGACAGGAAGGAGUUUUCAAGAUGUUUUCCAGGAUAGUCCGGCCAUUAUGGGAGGGAAGACUUGUUGAGGAUUUUGUGAUUUCAGAAGCUGGAAAGGAAAAAAGGAUUGUGGUUAGUCGUGUUGAUGAGGGGACAAUCAGCUUGGUUAUCGACCACUUGGUGUCACUAAGGAGCUUCCUUUCAAAACACUGCUUGUCCCAACCAUCUGGAAGGGAGUUUUCUCUGCACCACCAUGAGCACACCAUACCACGCACACUAACGCACGGAUAUCGAACAUCUGAUGCCACUAUCAUUGCUCAACAAGAUGCACAGAGGAGACAACUUGAAGAAGCUCACGUACUUGAAAUAAGAUCAUUGAAACAACUACACAGUUUAUGUGACCAGUCAAUACAAGUGUUUGGUUUAUGGAGAUUAUUAUUACAUCAUCAGAUCCAUGUGUUGUUUGAAGCUUUAGAUAAACAAGCCCAGCCUUCAUUGAAACUGAUGACGUUUUCAGAUGUUGUGCUUUCUGGAGAUUCUGUAUGCAAAGCUUUAAUCUCAGCAUUGGUUGGUCAAUAUAUUGAUGAUCAUUCAACCAUAGGCCUGAGUUCCCAACUACGUGAUAUUUGUCCCAAUCUAUAUUCACCUGAUGAUGCUAUUUGUUCAAAGGCAAGUGAACUUAUGAGUUUGGCCCGAACAAGUGAAGCUCAUCAUCGAGAUGAACAACUUCAUGAAGCGGCGAAACUGUUUCAACAAGUCGCUUAUUCUGUUAACCUUCCGCAUGUAAUACAGCAAUAUUAUGCAGUUCGAUUUUACUCGGGGGUUGUCGAGUUAUGUCUCCUCGCUGCUCACAAGCGAGAUGAGGAGGGACUUGCUCUUCGUUUGUAUCUUUCUUUAUCCUCUGGGGACGAAGAUGUGGAUCCUCUUGUGAGGAAAUCAUACGUUGCAAGAAUUUCAUGCUACAAGUGUAUCACUGAUAUGCUAGAUGGCCUCAUGGUGGCAGCAGAGGGUCAGCUUCAAUCUCCAAGUGUUCCCAGUCAACCCGGACCUCCCCAACCACUCAUAAAUAACGAAAACGGGGUCGGCAACCUCACCCCUGAGGAAGCGCAACACCAUGCGGAAAGUUGUCUCCAGUUGGCACUGAACAGCGAAGAUGAGUUGUUUCACAUUACAUUGUAUGAAUGGAUGCUUCGUAUGCAUCUCACAACUCAACUAUUGAAGGUUUCUUCCCCAUUUGUUGAGCCUUUCCUUAAACGAGUCGCGUCAAGUCAGGAAAACAAUUCUACUUUGUUCGGCUCAAUGGGAACUGACCUGUUAUGGCAAUAUUAUGAGCGUGCCGGGCAGUUUAUGAAAGCUGCGGAAAUACUCGUGCAUUUGGCAGAAAAACCUGGCUCGGACCGAGACCUCGUGAAACGGAUCGAAUAUUUAUCACGGGCGAAGAUGAACAGCAAGUCCUCAACGUCCCAUAAAUCAAAUCGAGGAAAAGGACAAAUCCUGCAGGAACUUGAAGAAAAACUUGAGGUUGCCCAGAUCCAGUUAAGCACGAUGGAAAACCUCAAACAACUAUCGGAACAUGAGGCUUGUGAGAAACUUAACUUUCAACUGGUUGAUGUUACGACUUUAUACAGCGAGUUUGCUGAUCCUUUCCAACUGGCAGAGUGUAAGUUGUCCAUCGUUCACUGCGCCGGUUUACACGAUCCUAAUUUAGUGGAAGCUUUGUGGCAAAAUAUAAUUGAGCAUGAAUUAUCAAAGUCAAACAACUCUGAUACAUCUGUGUUGCUCCAGCAUAAGAUGGUUGAACUAACCAAGAGAUACAUGGCUUCACAAAGAUAUUUCCCCAUUGAAUUUGUGGUUGGUUUGUUGGAGAAAAUAUCGUGCAGUCGGGGAUGGAUUUUAAACUGGGGAGUCACUUGUUUCCUUGAAGCACGAUAUUCACUAUCAAACUUGUUGAAUGUUUAUGAGAACGUUCAUUCACAAAAGCUUGACUGCUGGUCCACCCUAGGAUCUCCACACCAUCUGCUAUAUGUGGUGAAUGAACUUAUCAGUUUGUUCCUGGAUAACCCAAUGAAGUAUCUCACACACCACCAACAAAGACGUCCAUUCCUUAACCGUUCAUUGGAUGCACUUGCUGUUAACUUAGUGGAGUUAUGCUCACUUCCUAAUCCUGACGAGCAGGUGAAGCAACUCAUAGUGCGCAUGCGCAAGACGCAGGCCAGUCUGGAGAAUAUGCAGCAAAGGGGUCGGUAGACAAAAGAUUUUUCGCCACUUGUCAUUUGAAAAAUAACUGCGGUCUCUUGUUUUUCCUCUGUGACGUCAUACACCACUGCCGGGACGAUCUUUCUUCUGCUUUUCCUGCAAUUUGCUUCUCCUAAUUGAAUUUCUGUCUGCGAGCGCAUCGAAAAAACGAAGUCAAAAAUUACAAAAGAUAUUUUUCAUCGCC